AUGACACAACAACAACCACAACAAUUGCUAUGUCGGGAACUUAAUGUGGCCAGCACCACCAACAUCAACAACACAGCAACAGCAACAACAACCACCACAUGCUCAUCGUCGGCAACCACCAUAACCACGCCCACAGGCACACCACCCUUGCCACCGUUGCCUAACACGUUUAUAGCCAUCAAAACGAAGUGCGACGCCGGCAACAGCAACAACAACAACAGCAACAACAGCAGCAACAGCCUCACUCUGCAAAGUGGCAACAAUAGUUUUAAAUCGAACAGCAACACAAAUAGAAGAUCGCCAAGUGGUCAGCAGCAACAGCAGCAACCGCCGCCGUUGCCAAUGAAAAACGUUGCCAAACAGCAACAACAACAACACGACAAUUCACAUUAUCAACAUCUCAGCUACAACAUGACACAUCUGCAACACUUUAACGCACGCCCCAACAACACACUCGAUCGCAAGCACAUGUCACAUCCACACACUGAAGCUAAUGCUGGCGGUGACUACUGUACGCAAAUAAAUCCGCACUAUCUGCAGACCUUCGAUAGUCUGGAUCCCGAUCAUUAUAGCGUGGCCAAUCUGCACGCACAUCCGCAUCGCAGCCAGUCAAAGUCGCAGAUCUAUAGCUAUGGCAGCAGCGGCACCGCCAGCGAUACAUCCAAUCAGCAGCAGCAGCAGCAUCCACAGUAUCACAGUAGCAGCAACAUAGCGCACAUUGAACACCACUACCAGCAACAUAGUCAUCCACACCAGCAACAGCUGCAGCAGCAGCAGCAACUGACACACCAUCACCAACAUCACAGUCUGAAGCACACGAAACACAGCAAGGGCCACAAGGGCAAACACAAUUCCAAGAACAGCAAAUCUCAAGAUGAUUUUAAGGCCAUACACAAGCAGCAGCAGCAGCAACAACAGCAGCAGCAAAAGUGCAGCAGCAACAGCAACAAACAGCAACACAGUAAACGCACUAGCAACAAUCAGUUGUUGCCACAGCAGCCGCAACAGCAACAGUAUUCUAGCUCCAGCGAUAGCUUGCCAUUUGAUAAUAACUAUUAUUAAAAAUGCAAACGCACACACAGCUACACACCCACACACAUACACACUCACGUAUUGCUGUCUUAGUUGUAGAAUGUUGUCGUUGCCCAAAACACAAACUCGUAUGCCUAAAACGCACACCAACAACCAACUCAAUGUGUCAACACACUUACACUCACACACACGCACACAUAUAUUAACACUUACACACACGCAUACCAACACUUUGAAUGGUAUUACAAUCGGGUUGUCACUGUCCGAUACAAUUUGCAACAUGGUGUAUACGCAACAUGCCAAAAACUUUGCAUACUUUUGUGCGCGACCAGCGACACUAAUAUUUCUAAUCGAUGCUGCUCUGCUAAUGGCAGCUGUUUGUGUUGUUGUUUUAUUGAACUUAUCGUAAAAAGC